ACAUAAUUUAAAUAAAACAGAAAAUAUAUAUAUUUGAAAAAGCGAUUUUAUUUAAGUCCGUUUACAUAUUAAACAAAGCUUUGUUUAAAAGUAAAACAUUAAUUUUUUAAAACAGACAAAUCGGUCAUUAGUUCAACAUUCAAAUCAUUGUCGAGUAAUCGAACAAUCAUACGAAGAUUUAGAUUUCGAUUUAAAGUACAGGAUCUAAGGAGAGAAGAUUUUGAAAAUUAUUUCACGAUACUCAUUGUUCUCCUGGGUAUGCUUAGUAAUGUCAUCGGCAAAUAGUGUAGAAUCCCUGGGAACACUACAAUGGGAUAUAAUCGAAUUAGCCAAUCAUUUGCGUCAAGAACGCCUGUUUGUUACUUCGGAACAACAAAAUUUACAAAUACUCAAUGAAAAGGUGUUAUAUGCAUCAUCCAAUUUAGCACAACAAGCAUGGAUUACAGCGCAGCAAAGAGUUAAUCUUAAUCAGUUGAUAAUGUCUAAACCAUACUGUACACCAGCAUCUUGUUGUCAAAGAGCAAAUACAUUGGAAAAUUCAAAUUUUGUCGAUGUGUACAAGUAUUUACGUUAUCAGACAUGUUUGUCAUAUGGGGAAUUCUUAGGUGCUCUUCGAAAGUCUCCAAAGCUAAUUGCAUCAUGUUUAGUUGAGGGGGACAAAUUAUUACCAGACUCUGUGCAAACUAUAGUUCAAUCAUUAGCAGCUGGUUUAUAUGGUAGUUGUUUAUUACCAGAGGAUAAAAUUUUGGUUUUAAAGUUAUUGAAACAUCUAAUGCUGCUACAAAUUGUACCAUCUGAUAAUCCUCGGAGAUUACUCAGACACAGCACAUGUGCUUUCUCUAGGUUUUAUUCAGUUUUUCAUGAGAGUCUAUUUUCAGCAAAGUUUUUCUUAACUGCUGCUUUACAUAACCCUAUUGUACAGUUAUUAAUGGAAGAUGAAAUGUUUCUUGAUAUUGACCCAGAUAAAGCACCCAUAAGAUUUCCUCCAUCUGAAAGAUUAAAGAAAUUUGGCAAGGAAGGUACUGCAGAGUAUGAAACAAAGCUACAACGUUAUAGGCUCUGGACAAUUAAUUCUCUAUUCCACAUUACACAAAGAUUUAUAAUCAGUAUACGAGAAAAUAUGCAUUGUUUUCCAAGUAGUGUAUGUUGGUUGGUUAGACAGAUGGCAGGACUUUUGGGAAAAAGUGGGAAUGUUGAUUCAAAAGAGGUACAUGCAAUGUGCACUGAUUUGGUUUUUACAUAUUUUAUAUGUCCUGCAAUAGUAAAUCCAGAGCCAUAUGGUAUCACUGAUGCACCUAUUAGCUACAUUGCCCGAUUCAAUCUCAUGCAAGUUGGACAAAUUUUGCAAAUGCUUUCCUUAAUGAAAUACCAGGCUGUUGACAGCAAAACAUUUGAUCUAUACAAGAAGUUCGAUAAGGAUUCCGUUUCUUCUAUAAUAGAUGCGAUGGUGGACGGUGCAGAAGAACUCGAGGAUGAGCCUAAUAUCAUCGAUAAUAAUAAACUUCGAGGUCUUUCUCGCUCCGCUGCUUUACUUACAGAAACGGAAUUGAAUACAUUAAUUACGUUUCUGCAAACUAUAGCUAAAGAAACUACGGUAGAAAACGCUUCACGGUCCGCUGCGUUUGAAAAGAAACAAUUGAUUGAUAUGCUCUCUCAGUUACCUUCCGGUUCCUUAACUACUAAUAAAUUGGCUAACAAUGCUUCUGUUGAAACUACCAACAAGAAGGGAGGUUUAUUAGGAAAAGGAAAGGGUCGAGGAAUUCGAGUAUCAUCAUCGUCAUCAUACUCGUCUAAUACGACUAAUGACGGAGUAGAUGAAUUGAAUGGCACUUCAACCCCUGAAGAAGAAUCUGUUGACAAAAAUCCUCAAGAUGUUCUUGUAAUUCCAUUUGGACCAAAUACAGGAGAAUUCGUAGGACUUCUUAGUGAACAAAAGGUGUUAUGCACAGAACUUCAAUCCAAUAUAGAUAAUGGUUCGGUUAAUCUAAAUCUUUCUGAUGACAUAUCCAAUGUGCAUGACAGACAAAACAAUUGUGGUGUUGAACGUACAGAAAGUCAAGAAAAAAAGACAAGAUUUUCGCUAUCUCAUGAUGAAGUUUUAUUCGAAGGUUUUAUAGGAAAUACUUCGGAUAAUUUAGAAGCUGUAUCAGAAGCUGCAUCAAACCACAGUGUCGCUUCCUCGCUUGAGUUGGAAACGGAAGAUCAAAAUGAUAAUCUCUCAGAUAUGGUAUCUGCCAGUGUAUCAGGACGAGGAACGCCUAAUAUAUCAGGUCGUGACACCCCGUCAUCUCAAAUUACCGAAGGAGAUGAAGGACGGACAGUGGGUGAAACUCGACAAUUAGAUUUACCUCCGUCGAAUAUACCGACCAAACAAAGUCGAUGCGAAAUAGAUGACAAGUUCUGUAAAUUUGAAAUUAAAAAAUUGAUUGAAGGAGAUGAAACUGUUUCGAUGGUAUCUGAUACCUGGUCAACUGAUGUUCUGGCUUCCGAUAGCGAAAUAAUCGAGCAACAAGAGAAAGUAUUGUAUCCCCAUUCGUCUGAGCAAGCUCCUCCAGUUUUACCAACAACGUCAGAGCCAGUACCACAAGCUGUACUAGAUGUUAGCGAAACUGCAUCGGAAGCAUGGAGUACCGAUGUAUUAGCUAGUGAUUCUGAAAGAUUGACAGAGGUUGAUACCGACGAUACUGCUAGCGUUGCAAGAUCUGAUGAUACCGCAAGAUCCGAAAUCGAAGUUGAACCUCGUAGCGAAGCUGAAAUAACCGAAAAAACCAUGAUACAAGCGAUUCCUCGUAAGAACAAAAAUGUUACAACAACCGAAUGUGUGUCAACAACGAAUCUUCGAUCGAUAUCGAUAAACCAGGAAAAUAUGCAAUUUCCUACAACUGUUGUUCUUUCACCAACAAACUCUCUCUCGGCAUCGUCCUUAAAUGUAACUGGACAAAAUGCAAGCAGGUCUGAUUAUCAAUCAAGCGUGACAGAAUAUGUCGACAAAAAUCCCAACAGCAUUGACGGUAGCUCAACAAAUUAUGAUAAAUCCCUUUGCGAAGACAGAUUAGUCCAUCUCAUAGACAAACUUCACAUUGAGAAUGGAAAAAGUCAAAUGGAACAAACUUCUUCGGCUCAUAAUCGUAUCAGUGUAGCAGCAGUUGCGCCAGCUUUAUUAUUAGCCAAUCAUAUAUCACCACCCACAUUGUCGAGCACAGAAAAAUCGCACAAUACCAACAUAAAAUUAGAGUCGCAGGAAUUAGAAAGUAGCUUAGUCAGUUCAGUUGACGAAACUGUUAACGAAAAUGGCCCGGACGGUGUUGUUGGAUUAAGUACCGGGAGUUUGGCAUCCAGCAGUAGUUCUGGUUCUGAUACACGAAGAAAAACUACAAGUUCGGAGUUACCACUAUCAAUGGGAGCAAUGAAUGAGAGUUGCAAUGACUGUCCGAAACCAACCGUAUCCAGUGGAGCCAUACCAAAAAGUAUUAGCUUCGAUAUGACCGCGGAACGCGGAGACAAGGAAUUGUUGGACGAUGAUCAGAAGAAUAAAAGAAGUUUUUUUGGAAAACUGAAAAUGUCUCUGCGAAAUCGGCGGGGUAAGGCGAUUCGUGGUACAGACGAUAUCGGCAGAUGUUACGAUCGAGAAGCCAUCGGCGAUAAUAUUGACAUAGGACGACAUAGAUUACGUAGAAUAAUGUCAGAAGAUGUGUCAUCAGCCGGUAACCCGAGCGGUGAUAGUACGGACGAUAUCUUAGCUAAAUACAGGAGGAAACCGAGUGCAGCAAGCGAUACGGAAGUAUCUGUAGAAAGUAAUCAGUCUCGUACGAAAGAACUUACCGAGGAUGAAAGGCUUCUUAUAGAUCCAAAUAACAUUGAGCUUUCCUACGCAUUUGCUGAUGCAAAAAGAAAAUUGCGAAUGGUACUUAGUACCGCUGAUCUCCAACAUAUUCCUUGGAGUGCUGCAUCCGAGCGGAAUUAUUGGUCGCAAAAAGAAAAUGAAUUAGUCGCCUUCCUGCAGUUGCAGUUGGCAGAAGCAAUCAAUUUACAAGACAGAGCGUUGAUAGCGCAUUUACACGAAACACUACGUUGCGUUAGAUUAUUUAACGACGACGGCUGCAGAAAAUUAUUUAAAUCGUUGCGCGAAGAUUACCAAAAACGAUCUCCUUAUAUUGCGUAUUUGAUUAGAUGUCGUCAAGGAUUACUUUCUACAUUGGCUCACUUGGAUAGAUUAUGUAUUAGAGUGAAAUGUGAUCGAGAUGCUGUCAAUAAUCAUCUUGUAUCUGCUUGCGUGAAAGUUUUUUUAGAAAAAAAAGAAUCCCUUUUACUACGUUUUUGUGAUGAAUUUAAAAAGUUAACAUUAGCAGAUGAAAAACAAGACUUGGUCGAUAGCUUUCUAAGCAAACUUAAUGCGAAAAUAGACAAUGAUUCAAUUUGGCAGUGUGCUUGUGAAAAUCAACUAAAUUUGGCAAGAGUUGUAGUUGAAAGGACUGUAAUGGCACGUGUUUACCACAACGCGCUUUAUCCAAAUGGAGACGGUGACGUUUAUAGGGACCAAUUACUUCAUGAUCAUAUUAAAAAACUGGCCAAUGUUGUAACACCAAACCACAAGGAUUUACGAAUUCCUAAAAUAUACCAUUACGAAUGUCCCUGGCCAUGGGCUCAAGCAGAAUUAGCUGUGAUAUCAGCAUAUAAGACACCUAGAGAUAAGUUGCAGUGUGUCUUUCGUUGUGCUACCACCAUCAUGAACUUGCUUUCGAUGGCAACCGAGAGGGGAGUACCCGCAGCUGAUGAUCUAAUUCCUGUAUUAGUCUACGUUAUCAUUAAAACUAACCCACCGUCCUUACUUUCCACUGUACAAUAUGUGGAUAGUUUCUAUGGGAAUCGAUUAGGAGGAGAAGAACAAUAUUGGUGGACGCAAUUUUGUUCCGCGAUUGAAUUUAUAAAGACUAUGGAUUAAGUUGCACUUAAUAACAAGUUAUCGCCGGAACAUGUAGAAAUAGUGUAUCAUAAUUUUCAUUGUCGCUGUCGUCAUAUCUUUUCAAUAAUUUUUAUUAUUACUAUCACGUUAUUAUAGUCGUAAUAUCAAUCUCCAUAUCAUUUCUUCUCGUGAAAUUGUUAUUCUCGUCCUUUUCAAUAGCUUUAUUGUUAUUGCUGUCUAUUAUUUUUGUUAAAAUUGCUUCAACUAUUAUUAUUUCUAUUGUAUAUCUAUCA